GCGUAACCCAGCUUUCCCACACCAGGAUGGCCUCCAGGGCCGCAUCACCACACACCUUUCUUUGAUUUAAAGCAGCACGCAGCUGGACCGACUUCAUCAGCAGCUUCGCUGGUGCCUUGCCGCAGGGGAACUACAAAGAGUCGUUCGCCCCCAUUGCGUUGCAGCAACAUGGUGCUCACGUGACUAAGCGAGUCAGCCCGGUCCCCCGUUGAAACCAUUGAGCCCGCAAAACCGGUUUUCCCAAUGGCCAACCACGACCACAUCGGUCAGGCCCCUGUCAGUUCCAGGCCUGUGAUCUCAUAGAUGCUCACAGUCACACUCAAAAUCAACGGCAACAACACUAUCGUCAAAAUUCCUCAGAUCAGUGCUUGCAAGACCGGAGGAGACACAAUCCACGGGACUCCCGCCUCUCAAAAUGGCUCCACCAAACGCAAAGCAGCCCACGCUUUAUGAGAUUUUAUCCCUGACGCCAAAGCACUUGGAGGGUCAGACAUCAACGGCACAGUCCAAGGUGGUCAAGAAAGCAUAUCACCGCGCCCUGCUCCAGCACCACCCAGACAAGACCAGUACAAGACAACCAAAUGGCGAAGAUGGAGAGACUACCGCCAGCAGCAGCAGCAGCAGCAGCAAAACGACCAAAAAGGGUUCAUCGCCUCCAAAGGUGACAUAUACAGUAGAUCAGAUCCAGGAAGCAUACACCACACUAUCAGACACCAAGAAGCGGGCCGAGUACAACCGGUCUCUGCUCGUCUCGAACUCGUCGUCGUCCACGACGUCAAGGCAGCAGCAGUUCACGCACAGCGCAACCUUUUCCGCCACCCGCUCGUUCCAGACAGGGCUGGAGGUCGUGGACCUGGACGACGUGGACUUUGACGAGCGCAAGGGCCUGUACUUCCGCGCGUGCCGGUGCGGGAACCCCCGCGGGUACCGCUUCAAGGAGCACAACCUCGAGGAGAAUGAGGACGAGGGCGUGCUCAUGGUCGAGUGUCUGGACUGUAGUCUGUGGUUGAAGGUGCUCUUUACGGCCGCCGUCGUUGAUGAUGAGGACGGUGUGAGCAAUAACAGCAGUAACAAUAAGCAAGGAAACCAGGCCCGAGCAGCGUCUGUUUCAUCACACCAGCAGCAGCAGCAACAGCAAGCUGCCAGACGAGAUAGUAGUCAGAGUGUCUCGAGGGGUGGAUCUACUGGCGAGAAAAAGGGAGGGUGGACCUUCAAGGUGAGCCUGGGGCUCUCUUUGGGUGGUUCUGCGUCCGCAUCUGCUUCGUCGGGAAGAAGGUGAGGGCGCUUGCUGUACGUUCCAAGGAGGAAAACUCGGAGAAAGGCUUUGUCUUCGGGGCUAAAGAACAUCUGGCGCAAGAAGUACGUUGAAUCUAUGUUAGCAGUCAGUCGCUGUUCAUGUUCAUAGUAUCAGCUUGGCAUCCAUCUGGUGUACUCGUUUGAAGAGAGUCAAGUCCGGAUGGACAGGCAGGGAAUCACAUCCUGGUGCCAUGAUAGGUCUGAAGAAAGUGGUCUAAGAAACCAAGAGCUGAGUAUCAUCUAAUUGAGAUCAUGCC